UGUAAGUGCAGCCCAUUUGGUAUUCACCUCGCAAUCGAAGGCUUAACAUAAGUCAUUGUCCUUAACCUUAUGCAAUGAAGUUAUAAUAACAUGUAACCAAACAUGAGUGAUUCAGAUGUAGUGUAGGUCUCCUAGUAGCUGAACACUCCGACGAUGAAGCCGAAGCAUUCCUUCGCGGUGCUCUCGGGUCAAAUGGCAGCGGCGGUUAUGAAUCUGGGCAUGCAUCACAACCCGAAUGAAUCUGGUACCGCCAUCUGCUACAGCGGCAGGCGGUGCAGCACCCAGCUCUCAGCUGCCGCCAGCACCAAGGGGCAGGAGACGUGCAACGAAGCCAGGGCCACGGCAAAACCCAGGGCAUCAGGCAGCAGCCGAGCAGGACUUAGCAGCAACAGGUGCAUACGCUGUGCCUGCAUCCGACCCAGCCCCAUCCUACUCAUCAGAGGCAUUCAUAUUCAAGUCCUUCACUUCAUGCGAGGAUGUUUUGUCAGCAGCCAUGCAGUUGGUGCCUGAAACUCAGAAACGUAAACUUAAUCCGU